GGGGGCAAGGGGUUCCCCUGUCCCGAGCAGAGCUGGAUGGGGGGGCCCUUGCCACCAUGGAGGGGGUGCUGUACAAGUGGACCAACUAUCUGAGCGGCUGGCAGCCUCGAUGGUUUCUUCUCUGUGGUGGUAUCUUGUCAUAUUACGACUCUCGGGAAGAUGCCUGGAAGGGUUGUAAGGGAAGCAUCCAAAUGGCCGUGUGUGAAAUUCAAGUUCACCAUGCAGAUAGUACUCGGAUGGAUCUGAUUAUUCCUGGAGAACAGUACUUCUACCUGAAAGCCAGAAGUGCAGCUGAGAGGCAAAAGUGGCUGAUUGCACUUGGAACUGCCAAGGCCUGCCUGACAGACAGUAGGACGCAGAGAGAAAAAGAGCUCACUGAAAACACCGAAGCCUUGAAAAUCAAAAUGUCAGAGCUUAGACUGUACUGUGACCUCCUUGUUCAGCAAGUGGAUAAAACUAAGGAAGCUAGCAUUUGUGGUGUAUCAGAAUCAGAGAAUGGAAUUGAUAUGGGAGCUCUGUUGAAAUCAACAUGUAACACUUUCCUGAAGACUCUUGAAGAAUGUAUGCAGAUUGCAAAUGUGGCCUUCUCUUCUGAAUUAUUACAUCACACCCCAUUGGGAUCUCCCCACUUGGCUGUUCUCAAAUCAAACAAGGUAACCCCUCCCGUCUCCCCCAGUAGCACUACAACAAAAAGGCAGAUGGAAUUGAACAGUUGUGAAAAUGGCUCCAUAAAGGCAGAAACUAAUCAUUGUGAGCAAACAUUGUUUAACAUUCUGAUACCCUCACAUCUGAAAUCUAAUGAGGGAGACUGUGACGUUUCAGCUGAAAACCAUGUUGAAAAGAAGUUGACAGGUGAUGAAGUUAAAGACGAUGGAGGAAGCAAGAUGCUGCCCAUAGAGGGCAACAGUGCUAACGAAUCGCUGCAGUUGGCAAUGGAUUCCAUAAGUGGACCAGCUCCAUCACACUGGGGAGAAGGAAAAGAAGAGGAUUUACCUACCUUCUUCAGUGUCAUGAACAAUAGGUUUAGUGACAUUGAACUCCAGGAGGGUGACGGCAUACCCACAGAGGAAUUUCUGCAAUCGUGUUACGCGAUAGUGCCAGUUUUGGACAAACUUGGACCAACAGUCUUUGCUCCUGUUAAAAUGGAUUUUGUAGGUAAUAUCAAGAAAAUAAAUCAGAAAUAUAUAACCAACAGAGAAGAGUUCAACACUCUCCAGAAGAUAGUGCUCCAUGAAGUGAGUGCUGAGGUAGCACACGUUAGAAACUCUGCAACAGAGGCCCUUUUGUGGCUAAAAAGAGGCUUAAAGUUUUUGAAGGGAUUUUUGACAGAAGUUAAGAAUGGAGAAAAGAAUAUUCAAACAGCUCUGAACAACGCUUACGGCAAGACAUUACGGCAGCAUCAUGGCUGGGUUGUGCGAGGGGUUUUUGCGUUAGCUUUAAGGGCAGCACCAACAUAUGAAGACUUUGUGGCAGCACUGUCUGUGAAGAAGUGUGAUGAUCAGGAAGAAGCUUUUUAUAAUGCAAUGCAGAGAGACCUCAACAUUUACUUGCCAGCCAUGGAAAACCAGCUGAAUAUCUUGGACACUCUCUAUGAAGUACAUGGUUUGGAGUCGGAUGAGGUAGUAUAAUCACAGUGACACAGUACCUCAAAACUUCAGGCACUGCAUUUGUUAACGAGCUUUUCUGAAUGCCGUUUCUCUUCAUUGUAUCUUUAGCAUGGGAGUUGGAGGAAUCGGUGUGCGUGUGUAUUUUUAAUCCUUGUUUGUGUUUAAAUGAAGAGGUGCUGUUUCUUUGAAGGCCGCAACUGUCUGCAUGGUGAAUACCUUUGGGCUAAAUAAUUCUUUUUUUUACAUGAAUGUAACAGAGCAGAAUUAGGCCUUCUUGCUCCAGUGCAUACUACUGGCAUCACACGUGCGGAGGGGCAGCUUUGAUGGGAGCACAGAUGCUGUGCUGAUGUCGUCAUUUUGCCCUCACCCUGUUCUGUGCCUGUCCAAGCUGUGAUGCUAGUCUCCAUUUCACUGGUCUUCUCUCCAUCUGGGCAGCUCUAGCCCUGCCCCUCUGCUAGAGAGAGCUGUGCUGCACUGAUAGCAGAAGAGGGGGCAGUAGAACUCUACCUUAUUAACUGAGUGGUUAGUCUGGUCCCAUCUUGAGGUAAAUUUGGGUUGCAUCCUUGUGUUUUAUACUGGUGACUUGAUUUUACUCGCAGCCCUGUUUUAAAAAAAUGUAAAGGCUGUUACUGCAAGUGUUGCUUUGAUGGCCAGGGUCCCUGGGCCUCCCCUAAGAGUCAGCCCGUCACACUAGGCAUGCUCUCCCUGUGCUUUUCUAGGUACUCUCUACCUCCUCACAGGUCCAUGAAAACAGGAUUGUCUCUUCCAGUGCUACUAGGCACCUGCUCCUGGAGCUGUUCUACCAAGAAGCUCCUCCUGCCUCAUCCUGUGAGGGAGUGUGUGUGUGUUUGUGUGCAAGAGAGAGAGACAGAAAAAUAAUCCUUAAAUUCACUGUGACACCAGCCUUGUUGCUAAUGUCCCAGCAGGGGGAGGCCUCUACAUGGCAGAGGGAGAGAAGGUUGUCAAGAUGCAUCACCUUGAUCUUGGUACUAGUAUCUUGAGUGCUUCCUUUGCCCUUGUGUGGUUAACAAGGCUUUAGUGCUAAGUGCUGGAGCCAUUGGGCCAGAUCCUCAACUGAUGUAAAUUGGCAAAGCCCCAUUGGUUCCACUGGAGCUGCGCCCAUCUACAGUAGCUGAAGAUCUGUCCUGUUGUAUUUACCCUGGUAAUAGACAGAAUACACUUUUCAAAAGCACCUAAGUAUCAUUGAAAGUCAAUGGGACAUAGACAUGUAAGUGUCUAAGUCACAUAGUUGCUUUUGAAAAGUUUGCCUAUAGCCUUCUUUUUAAAGGGCCUAUUCAAAACCAAAUCCCAUAACUGCUGCUGGGUAUUUGUGUGGUUUAAACACAACCAACAAUCUAACAAAUUAUAUAAAAAUGCUUCUAGAUUAGCAUUUGGAGGGGGUGUGGGUGUUGGUUUUGUUUUUUGCCAAUGGGGGUUACAAAAGGCUGGGUUUGAAAUGAGUCAGUCCUAGGGGGGGAAUAUAGUUCUUCAUAAAACCAUCACACAUUAGUGCAGCUCUAAGUAUAUAAUCCAAAAGUGUCUAGGUUUGACAGCGAAUUAAGGAUAAUGGGGAUUUUUGCCAUGCUUUCCUCCCACUGACACGAGUAAAAGUCCACUGGUACUGUUGGAGUCAAGAAUUAAUAGCUUUCCCUGUAGUUAGUCAGAUGAUUAAAAGGUGAAAUUUGACCUCGUGUAGAGGGCCAGCACAAAGUAUUUGGACUAUUUAGUCCCACUUCAGGGUUUAAGUAGAUCUUUAGUGCAUAGGACUUUUGCUGGCCUUCUGCAUGGGGUGAAUUUCACAUUGUACAUUAGAGAGAAGGAAGGAACACUUCAGAAUGAAGGCCUUGGGAAAGUGGUGAGCCAUUAUAAAUAGAGUAGAAAACAACUCUUCAGAGGCAUUUUGAAAUUUUUGUUGCCAUCUCGCAGGAGAAAUGCUUUUGCUUAGAUCCAGCAAAUCAAGGAUACCAAGAGGAUUCUAGUGAUGUGCAAUGCACCCUGUGCCUGGAUUCCUAUAGAACAGGUUGUUUAAGCUUAAUUCCAUGGUUGAAGCACAGCUAUAUACUUAGCACUCAAACCGUUCUAUCCAGAGGACACUAAAAUUUUUGAAGAAAGCACAAAACAGCUAUAGGAAAAGACCAAAAACUUUAAAUUUGGUGCCUGAGGGAGACACCAAAAGCAAUAGAUAAAUAGUAAUUGGCUUGAUUUUUUUUUU